AUGGAUACUGGUAACGAGAGGAAAAGCCAGUGCAAGCAGUCGUGUCCCGUGAAGAUCCCGUUGGUGGGCCCUCUCAGAGACAUGAUAGGCAAGGAGGUCGGAGAUAAGGCCUCUACUGUUAUUGAUAUCCUUGAGGGGAUUAUACCCACAGUACCCUCUGAAGACAUGUAUGGUGAGCUUGUAGAAGCAUUGACCCCUGUGAUAGAGCAUAAAGCUAAGGGGGUGGUAGGGAAGGUUAUGGCAUACAAAAGAAAGCCCUGCCGGGACGGAGGUGAGUGCCGGGCCAAGGGCUGCAUUUUCCUGCACGACCGGGACCGGAGGAGUGGAGAGGGCUCUCCUGGGCGUUUGGGGCAGAAAGGCAGGGAAGAAGGAGACGCUGGAGAUGCAACAGGGAAGAGAAGAAGAGCCAACGAAGCCAAUGAGAAUAGCGAGGUAGUUUUCAACAAGGUAAACGAAUCAAGGCACAAUCCGGAGGAUCUCAAGGCCUAUGCAGCAAGGUUUGGAAGGAUUGUGAACUUCAAGAGGCUCAAUCCAGAGAAGUAUCUUGUUGUUUUUGAGGAUCCUUCGGCAGCCUGUGAGCUAGUGAAGUCACCUGAGGCGGUGCUUGAGGACCCCGGAAUCAAGAAGUUCUAUAAUGUCAUAGACAAUCUUGUCAAGGUCGAGCUUAAGAAGCUGUUUGAGGAGCAGGAGGCUGUUGUAGACAAGAUGUCCACAGAGUUUUCUGCAGCGCUCCUCGGGCAUCUGAGAAAUAUAAACAUCAGAAUAAGGAGCCUGGUUCUGAAGGACAAGUCCAAGGACGGCGGUGGAGUGGACGGCAAGAAAGGGUUUAACCAAGAAAACAGCCUCUACUACAACUGCUUUUGA